CACCGGACCGCAUUGAAGUAGAACGUGAAUAGACAAACUGAAAUGGCCGGAAAAUACAGAGGAGAGAGAAAUCCUCCGCAUUCCUGAAUAGUCAAGAGACAAAGAAGAUAGGCCAUGUUCGGUGGAGGCAGAGGUAUGAGAGGUGGAGCAGGAGGCGGCAGCGUGUCGAGGGUUGUUGGUACGGCCGUUAAAAGGGCUGGUGUUGCCUCUGGGAGUAGUCUCCAAGAACCCAUAUCUUCCUCUUCAGGAGCCACUUCACCUACUGCUGUUUCUAGGCCUACCCAUAGGCCUAAUUCGUCCAAUAAUCUUUCUAUUUCAUCUUCUGGGUCGUCUCCUUUUUCUCCAUUUAGUGUUCCUUUAUCCGCCGGUUCUGGUGUACCCACUUGUUGGUCUGGUUUUGGUGCUGGGUCUGGCUCUUGCUGUGAUGAGUUCGAGUGGGUGUUCAUUGACGGAAGUGAGGAUGAGAGGGCUCUUGGGUUUGUCGAUGAUUUUGUCAUUGGGCCUGUGCCUUCUGCAGAUGAAGUUCAAUAUGCUGUUUCUGCUCUUCAACAGGUCUGUGACGUUGCCCCGUACUCUCAGCAUGUCAGGGAUAAGUAUGCUUAUAAUUCCGACAGGAAUGGAGCAAAUCGUAUUCCAAGUUUUACUGAUUUGGUGGAUCCAGUUUCUUCGGUUGGAUUGGAUUUAAAUUGGGUGGAGCCUUCUCAGCAUUAUUAUAACUCAAGAAUGUUGCAAUGUCAAGGACGAGACAGAGUUUACGAUGCUUUUCAUCUAUUACAGACUGAGCCGUUCGUCCAGAAGAUGGUCAUUUCGUUAUCUUCUGAUAAAGCUGUUUGGGAAGCUGUUAUGAACAAUGAUGUGGUUCGACAACUCAGAGAGUCAUAUUAUUCAGAUGAAAGCAUUAAUCAAAAGAGUUCAGAUGAGCCAUCUGAUGAAUCAAAUCCAGCAGUAAACAUCGUUAGGUGGAUUUUUGAGAAUACAAAGGCUAAAGUCAUGGAAGUAAUCGAUAAUAUUAUGAAGCUUACAAAUGAGUUGUUCAAACCCUCAGACGAGGAGAAGACGGCAAAAGGAGGCACGGAUCCAUUUCAGGAGAAGCUGAAAACUUCAUUUCUGCUAUCCAUUGUGGUCCUGCUGAUUGUGGUCGUCUCUCGAGCCCACAGGGCUUGACCAAAAUUUGACGACAUGAUGGGUAUUUCCCCUGUACGGUGGCGGGUGACUGGAUAGCUGCUCUGUGUUAUUUAAGUUGAUACAUCUGUAUAUUUUGGGGAUUUAUGAAUGUUAGAACUCUGAUUGUUCAUCAACUGAGUGAUUCUAGCAUGUGGUUUAAGCCUUCAACUCA